GCGCCACACUCAAGAUGGAGGAUGUUGAGUGACGUGUUGUAUGAGCCGGUGGUGGUGCCACGCUCAAGAUGGUGGAGAUAGUAAGGCGCGGUGAUAGACAGACGGUUAAAUCCGUUAGGAGUGUGGCCUGGUACACGAUUUCCUUCAAAAUAGAUCUGGUAUAUUUCGAUUAGCUGCGGGAUUUUUUUCUUUUAAAGAGGAACAAAUUCUGACCUUGAAACGGUCUUUUAUUGAGCGAUGCUGCCCUCUGUGUGAAAGAAGUAUUCUUUUUUACGGAGUGGGCAUUCCUAUUUGAAAGAAGCUGGUCCCUUGAUACUGGGAUGACUUCCUCAUAAAACAUCUUUUUUGAAGAUGAAUAAAACCGUAGAGAUAUAUGAAGAGCCAGCAGAUAUCGCUAAGCAGCAGGAACAGCAUUAUCACCUUCUGUCUCAGCUGCAGAGUCUGGUCAAAGACCUAUCAAGGUAGCAAAACAGUGAAUUCGAACAUUCUAGAUAUUUUUGAUCAACCUGUUCAGAGAUGUUAUGACCCAGCUCUGGAGCAGCUCAUGCCAGCAGCGAUUAUCCUAUGAUAUACUAAGUAACCUGGCCUUGGCUUUGAUUGACGGCACUGUCUUUGAGAUUGUACAGGGUUUGCUUGAGAUUCAGCAUCUGACUGAGAAAAAUCUCUACAACCAGCGUCUGAAACUGCACAGUGAACACAGAGCUCUUAAACAGGAGUUGCUAAAAAAACACAAGGAGGCAUUACAGAACUGCAAGACCCACAACAUGGCAGUGCUCCGUGCAGCACAGCAGAGGGAACUUGAGACAUUGGAGCAGAGAGUAAAGGAUGAGCAAAGGAUGAUGGAUGAGAAGAUAGUCUUGGAGCUGGAUCAAAAAGUGAUUGACCAGCAGAACACCCUGGAGAAGGCUGGUGUUCCAGGAUUCUACAUUACUACAAACCCUCAGGAACUGACCUUACAGAUGAAUUUGUUGGAACUGAUCUUAAAAAUGCAGCAGAAAGUAACUGAAUCAGGGAUUUGCUGAUGUAUUGUCAUUGGAUUUAAAUCAAAGAAAAUUUGGAAGAAGUGGUCAAGUUCUUCAAAGAAAUGUCCAGCAACCCCUGGAUUUGAAAUGACAAGCCAGAAUGAUAGAUACAUAAGUUUGCUAAGUACUGUUUGUAUUGAAAGUCCUGGCUCUACCUCUGGUUUGUAUGAUGAGAUUUCUGUAAAUUUCAAUUUGUACUCAGAUGCCAAUUCAUUGAACAUUUACAUGUGCAUAAGAAGAGAAAUAUAAAACAGGUUAUGCAAGUUCACUUAGAAGGAAUCAUGUAAAUUAGUGUGACAGGACUGUGUACAUGGUAUAAGCAGGGAACCUUGCCAAAGUCAAGGAAAGCAAACAGAAGAGACUGAAAUGCUGACAGAGGUAGCAAUUUCCACUUCCAGUAGCUUAUUUUUGAUAUUGUGGGUUCACGGGGAAGUUGUGUAAUCUUGUUUAAAAAGCUCAAAUAUUGAUUCAAUGUUUCACUCUUUAGUGGAUGGAAAUCUUUUGCUUUCUAUUGGCAGUAAUUUGAUAUCACUAAAAUGGAGGAAGUAUCUCAAAGCUAUGUGAAAUAAUCUAUUUGUAAAUGUAGAUAAUGACUUAUAAUAUAGUGAGGAGAUUGCAUAAAAUUUCCAGCAGCCAAGUCUGACUUGUGGCUACCUUACCAAGGUUGUUCAUUCAGCUACCACUUUUUUUUUAACUUUCACAGUUUAAACUGGGAAAGCAUCUUGGCUCAUCAGUGUUAUGUAUUUUUUGAUUUGUUUUUGUUUUGUAUGAUUCUCGAAGUUUUCAAUAAUUUGAACAUUAGUUUUUCACACUGAAUAAAACUUUAUUUUUAAAUCAUUUA